AUGAGUUCCCUCAUCCCUCGGGGCGGCUUCCAGCUGCCCUUUCAGAAGCGCCUCAGCAACCUGUACAACGACACCAAGAAGUCGUCCGACUUCGUCAAGGAGCCCGUUCAGAAUGCCGAGGACCCGGAGAUCAAGGCGCUGCACCGCAAGCUGCGCAUCCAAAAAGACCGGCUCGUGACGUGGGGGUCGAGGCUGAGCGAAGUCGUCGGGAGCAUCAUGUCGACGAUCAAGGACAUCCUCGCCGAGGCUGAGCCGCUGUGGCAGAGCUACACGGAUGGCAGGGGCAGCAUCUCGGUCAGCGGCGGGGGAGGAGGAGGUGGUGGUGGAGGUGGUGGAGGGGGCGAUGGGACGUCGAGUAAGGGGAACUCGGCGGAUCGCAAGAAGCUCCUCAUCAUCUGGGACCGCGGUAGGUUUGAGGACUUGGUUAAGGACCUGACCAUGUCGAUCGACACGCUGUACGACUUGUCGCGGACGAGGUCAUCGUCGUCGCAGUUGGCGAGUCUCCGCGCCGCGCCCGUAGGUAGCGGCGGCGGCGGCGGCAUCAUGCCGGCCGCGACCAAAUUGGCGAUCGAGGAGGCGGCGCGGUCGUUUGAGUCGACGCGCAUGCGCACACCGCAGCACAUCGCGCCCACGACGCUGGUGCCUCUGCGGUACAUGCAGCAGACGGACGGCGCCUCGUACUCGGUGGACGAGCUGCACGAGAGGGACAUUGUCCUGAUGAACAAGCCGGCCUUUGCCGAGCUGGCGCGGUCCAGCGACGCGCAGCAGUGGGCGCCUCUGCUCCUCGAGUUCGCCAACUUCGACUCCAUCUACUCCACCACGGGCAUCAUGCCCCCGAUGGCGCGCUUCGAAAAGCUCUCCGCGGGGCUCCAGAGGGGCCCGCAGCGGUCGCCGGGCACGCUGGGCCUCGUGUACCAGUUCCCCACCGCCUUUAACCCCGUCUCGUUCGACCCGCACACGCGGCUGCCGUCCGGCCAGCUGCACACCCUGCGGGACCUGCUCUCGCGGCCCGACUACGAGCCGCGCCUCGAGGCCAAGUUCCGCCUCGCGCACAACCUCGCCAACACCGUGUUCGACAUGCACUCACGGGGCAUCACGCACGGCAACCUCGUCGACAGCAGCGUAGCCUUUUGCGCCACCAAGAUCAACGAGGACAUGGACGAGCCCGACGUGCGCCGACCCCUCCUCACCUCGUUCGAGCUUUUUCCCAACACCCCGGCCUCGGACGAGGCCUCGACCUCGCGCCAGCCGCUCUUCCACCACCCCCUGGACCCGUACAUCACCAAGCACUCGCCCUUUGGCAACUGGACCGACCUCCGCGUGCUGGAUCUCUAUUCCCUCGCCAUGAUCCUCACCUGCAUCGGCAUGUGGUCCAACAUCGAGAUGCUGGUCCCCGACCCGAGCGUGCCCUCUGUGCCCGAGUCCAUCAUGGACAAGCUCGCGAUCCAGUGCGGCACUCUUUACAUGAAGGCCGUCCAGGUCUGCUGGCGCGCCGUCGAGCACGAAUUCUCGGGCGAGGACCCCACUGGCGAAGAGCUGCUGGCUUCGGUGCAGAUGGAAGUGAGCCGCUGUCUCGAGGCCUGCUGCAUCAUUGACGGCGUCAACGGCCUCGAGGAUAGGUUUGUCGAGGACCGCGCGAUGCGGGAGGACCCGCAGCCGUUUGUGCCGACCCCGCUUUCGGCCCCGGCUGCGCUGCCGGCUGCCCCUCCCUCGCCGCCGUCGAUCAAGAUGGCGAGGGCUAGGAUGCAGCCUACGAGAGCGGCUACGGAUCAGCCGUCUAUGAAAAUGUCGGCGCCCAAGCUCGCGCCUGAGAUGGUGUUGGGGCUGUCCAAGCUCGAUCUCAAAUCGGAGAUUGUGCGCGACGCGCCCGUGGUGACGCGGGCGAAGAAUGUGGAGAAGCCCAGAGAGAAGCCCAGCGAACCCAAGGAGAAGAUGCGCCUGUAUCCCCAGGUAGAAAUUCCGGCCGAGGCCGUGGAAAGGUGGAACAAGGACAUCAUGCCCAAGAUCAACAUGGCGCUCCGCCAGUUCUACCGCAAGUACCCCGAAUCGGUCGAGAUCUCGCUCGAGGCUAUUGGCCCUUCGGCGACAGCGACCAAGCCCACCGUCCUGGUCGUGUGCACCUCGGUGAGCAAGGUAAAGAGUAUCCUGAACCGCAAGAUGUCGGACCUGUUUGAUGGCGCCACGCCCGAGUUCGGGCUCAAGGUGUGCAAGGGCAAGCGGAGCAUGGCGCGCUCGGGAGGGCCCAGAAAUAACCCUCAUGGUGAGGCGGAUGAGGAUGGCGAGGACGGCCCGGAGGCUGCAAACACAUCGUACCAGGAGCGACCCCUGAACGGAGCGAGUAUCGGCGCGUGGAUCGGCGAUAGGCACCUGCCCGCGGUUAGUUUUGGCGGGCUCGUGAUUGUGGAUGAUAAGCCGUAUGGCAUGACGGUACACCACAUGUUGGACGACCCGGGCUGCGACGAGGCGCCGGAAGAGCCUCGGCGCUCGGUGGCCUACGCCGGGUGGUCGGGCAGCUCGUCGGGCGAUAGCGAUGAAGACUACGCCUGCGAAUUCUCGGAUUCGGACUCGGACUCGGACACCGAGCUCACGAGCGACGACGAAGAAGACGAGGACUAUGAGUCGGACGAGGAGUCAGAAGGGGAAUUCAACGAGCCCGGCGACAUCCCCGGCGUCGAACCCGGUUGCGGCGAUGGGUACAUUAUCACGCAGCCGGCGUUUGACGACGUGGAAGAUUGGCUCUUUCCUUCGCGGGACAACAAGAAUGAAGACCACAUUGACAGCUUCAGCCUCGGAGAAAUGUUCGCCUCGAGCGGCCUGCGGCGCCGCCACGAGGGCGGGCUGAUCCACGAGGUGGACUGGGCGCUCUUCGAGUUCCAGAGCGACCGCCUUCCCGCGAGGACGAGCGGGAUGCAGACGGGCAAGAUCCUACCCGCGCUGACGAGCAUCAAGAUCUACGGCCGCAAGUCGGUGAGCCACGCCUACCAAAUCACGAGCACAACGGGUGGGCCGCGAAGCGGUGGCGGCGGCGGCGGCGGCAGCGGCUCCGGCGGCAGCGGCUCCGGCGGCGCGGCCGGAGAGUGCCACCCGCUCGGCGUGCCGGGAGACUCGGGGGCGUGGGUCGUCGAGAAGGACAAGGGCCGGGUGUGCGGCCACGUGCUGGCGUACAGCCAGCGGAAGCAGGUGGCGUAUAUUUGCCCGAUGGAGAUGUUGCUCAACGACAUUGCCGACACGCUCGAGGCCGCCGAGGUGAAGCUGCCGGGCGGGGAGGCGGUGAUCUCGGGGAAGGCGAGAAACCCCGAGGCGGACCUCGCCAAGGUGGCGGGCCUGAGGAUUCGCAGCGGUAGGGGCAGCGACGAUGACGAGGAGGAAGCGGACUCGGAGAGCGAGAGGCAGGCCAGGGUGGUGGCUAUGACGGGGGAUGCCGCGGCGCAGCAGGGCGGCGCCUAG